GCCACCGCCGCCCCCUCCUUCACCAACUCAUUCACUUCACUUCCACAUGUGUUGGUAGCCGCUUUUCCUUUCUUUCAUCUCCCUCUUCAUCAUCAAUCUCGUGAGCAUGGACUCGUUAACGAGGCCAUCCUGCCUGGUAAGGAGCAGCCUCCACCGUAGCCUCUUCUUCUCUUACAAGAUGACGUCGCUGCGAGAAGUGAGAGCAUCGGUUUCAGUACAAGAACCAGAGGCCCUACGUGCCUCGGCUCUGGACCUGCUAGUCACGAGACGGCAACAACAACCGUCUGCUGCCAUCAUCACCACCACCGUCGACAGUACUCCUCCCGGCCGCGUGACGGACGAUCCGAGCUUGAAGUCGACGUGGGCUCACCGUGCCUGGGUUGCAUGUGGGUGCGCAAGCGUGCUCGCCACCCUCGCAAAGUCUGGGAUAGCGGCUCAUGGGGAUGCCACGUGGGUGGAGUGCCUCCUCGCCGGCGGAUUGGGCUACCUCGCCGCGGAUCUCGGCUCCGGCGUCUACCACUGGGCCAUCGACAACUACGGCGACGCCGGGACCCCAUUCUUCGGGCCUCAGAUCGAGGCCUUUCAGGGCCACCACCGGUGGCCCUGGACCAUAACCAGGCGCGAGUUCGCCAACAACCUCCAAGCUCUAGCGCGGGCGACCGCCUUCUUGCUCCUGCCGGUGGACUUGCUGCCCGGGGAACCCGGGCUGCAUGCGUUCGCCGGGACGUUCUUGGGGUGUCUGAUGUUCAGCCAGCAGUUCCAUGCGUGGUCGCACGGUACCAAGAGCCGGUUGCCGCCGGCCGUGGUCGCGCUGCAGGACGCCGGGCUGCUGGUGCCGCGCGCCAUGCACAUGGCACACCACCGGCCGCCUUACAACAACAAUUACUGUAUAGUGAGCGGCGUCUGGAACCGGCUGCUGGACGAGGCCAAGGUUUUUCAGGCGCUGGAGAUGCUCGUGUUCUUCAGGUUCGGGGUGAGACCUAGGUGUUGGUCCGAGCCCACCCUCGAGUGGACCGAAGAAGUUGAUGACCGUCUUCCUUCUUGAUUCAACUAACCUGAACGUCACGAGACAAGAGUUGUUAUUAUUUUUUUUUUGUGUCUAAAAUUGGUCGACGUAAUUGGCAAAUUUAUCCAAAUAAAAGAAUUGAAAUGUUGACUCUGUCAUAUUAAUUUAUGUUAAUAUUUAUUGUUAUUGAUUA